AUGGCUCAGGAGGAACCAAACAUCCCCCGGAGACCAUCAGAGCGCAAUCGAAUCCUCCAGGACCUGCUCGAAACCCUUUCCCGCCAACAUCGACCCAAACCACACCAGGGCAGACGACGCACUUACGCCCAGGCAGCAAUCAACGGGGGCCCACCCCCCAAACAUUCAGGCUCCACGACUCAAGGCAACCACAUCUCCACCCCGGCACGAUACGAAGCGGUCUCGGAGGAACCCAGCCAUCGCGCCUUCUUCCGUGUCGAUAGGAACCACCCGGACCGCGCAAUGCCACGCCAGCAGGCAUCAUUACCCUUUUAA